AUGGACUCUGUUGAAAUUGAUCAAAUUAAUAAUAUUGAAAAGGAGAUAGAUGAAAUCAAAGCUGAUAUAGCAUUAAUAGAAAAAGAUCUAACAUCAAAUCAAUUGCAAAAACAACAGUUACAAGAAGAGAUUGAAGCUUUGGUAUUAGAGCAACAAAAACAGGCUCAAGACAAAACAAAGGAAUCGCCUGUCCCCAGUGGUCCUGAUGAUAUGGAUAUUGAAAUACCUGAAAUUAUAAAACAUAAUUAUUUUGAUCCUAGUAUCCAAAAAUAUUUCCAACAAUCAACUUCUCCAUCAAACCAACUGUCUCUUCCUGAAAAUGCCACAACUAAAAUUGCAUCAUCUCAAUUAAAGCCUAUCAAUGACUUGGAAUUGAAAGAAAAUGUGCUAUAUGAAAAUAUUUUCCGAAUGUUUGGUAUAACUGCAUUCCCGAUAAAUCAAUACUUGUUCAAAAAUAAUGAUGACCCCAAUGAACAGAUUCUAGGGUUACGAUUUGAUCUUUAUUCAAAUUUUACUAAACGUUUCCAGCAACCUCAUUAUUGUAUACUUCGGAAAUUACCAUUUGAAAAAAACGACAGCAUACUUUAUAAUUGGAUAGUUUAUAAACAUACAUUACCGUCAUAUAUCCCAAUUGAUGAAUAUUCCAAAAUCUUGAAUGAAAACGAUAAUGAAAACGAUAAUGGUAACCAAAAUAAUAGCUUGUUUAAAUUUGCUGAAUCCAUUCAAUUAACAUUAACCAAGACCCAGUAUAAAUUAGACAAAUUCAAUCAACUUUUGCGAUUUAACAAAAAUCAAUUUGGUUUGGAUAAAGAUGAAGCGAUUUUCAUAAAUUUAGAUUGUGAUUUGCUAGGUCAACGAAUAUUGUUGAAUUUAAGUCAUAACUCUAAAACCCAAAUAAAGAAAACUCAAAUGAUGGGGGUUGAAUUGAUUUGUUCUAAUGAUUUAAUUGAAGUUAUACAUUUCAAUAAUUUCCCAGAUAUCAUCCACUCUAAUCAAUUAUUGAUUUGUCAGACUAUAUUACAAAACUCCAAAAUUAAUGAUUUGAUUAAAAACUUUAGAAAAGUUAUUCAGAUUUUAGUUAAAUACAAAGUAAUAGAAUAA